AUAACACCUAGGGCACGGACCAUCAAAUCGUGUAUCAGGACCUGAUACGCGGGGUAAUUGGUACAGUAGGCAGCGACAUUGGCAAUUGGCGUCCAUUGUCUCAUAUUUGCCCUCAAAAGCUCUCACGCACCCAGAAAGGCGUGUGUUUCCCCAUCGUUGCAAACCUGACCUGGCCUCGUCAUGAGCACCCCAUACGACAGAGUCAAAGGCUCCGAGGAGCACAUUCUCGACAUCGGGGAGGGUCGGCAGCUCGCCUUUGCCCACAACGGCCCUUCCGCCUCUCGCGUCGUCGUGCUAAGCUUCACCGGCCUCAACAGCGUCGGCUCUGUCCCGGAUGUGCCCGAGCCAUGUCGGGAGGUGGGCGUGCACUGGAUCCAUCCCACGCUGCCCGGCAUGGGCAAGUCGAGUGCUAGGACGCCGGGCGACAGGUACCACGUAGCACUCGUACGGGACAUGACGGCCCUCCUCAAUCACCUAUAUCCGACGGGCGACUUUGACAAGCUGUACGUCUGCGGUGGGUCGUACGGUACGGUGCAGGCGCAGAUGAUCUACGGCGCUCCGUAUGACCGCUUUCCGGCGGGCCGCAAGAUCGCCGGAUGUGUUCUCAUGGGCGGCUUCUCCCCCUUCAAGUAUCACGUCGACUACGCCAGCACGCUCACAUGGCAUAGCUGGAUCAGCGUGGGACCGCCGUCGCAGUUCAUCCCCUUCCACAUCCUGCAGCGCUCCCUCAGCACCGUCCUUGCGUCCAAGUUCAAGACGUUAGACGGCGCCAAGGGCUUCCUCGACCAAAUCCUGUUCUCCAAGAUGGACGGCGACGAGCGCAAGAAGCUGGCCGAAUUCCUCGCCAACAGGGGCCAGACAGAGGAGGAAUUUAUCGAGGCGUUCGCCAAGGGAGGCAUCCGGUGCUGCGAGCAAUGGGGCGGCUUCCACGAGGUGUCGGAUGUGAUCCACUCGGAUUGGGGCUUUGAACCCGCCAAGCUCGACGACGACCAUGCGUCUCGGCCAGUGCUGAUUGUGGGAUCCGAUAAGGACCCCCAGGGUGGAAGCACGAACGGGUGGCUGGCUGCCAACUAUAAGACCUCGAGACUCAAGACAGUUCCAGGAGGGCACCUCGCAUCCUUGUACUAUCAGGAUGAGAUUUGGCGCGAGAUAUUUAAGAUGAGCCGAGAAGGUAGCCUUUAGGGAGACAACCGUCAUUCUAGAUCAUAUUACGCCGCCUUCAAUUCUAAUUUUCCUUUACUCUGACCAUCCUAAAAUGCAUGCCGGCAAACACCUGCUCUCACUUUAGGUGCGUGCGCGUGUCUAAUCUCCCCCCCCUCAGCGGGGUGCCUAGGCGCGGUAGCUUAGAAGCAGAAACAUUACAAAUUAUUAACGUCAACGUUAACUUCCGACAGGGUAGUCAAGUAUAGUAGGAUAUUAAGCAGGUAACUGCAACCUCCGCCAAAACACACAACACUCACACAACACGGCCCUUCAAGAGCUACAAAACUAUAUGCCAGGUCUCGAGGGCUUAUUUAUGCGGUAAAUUAAUUAAAUUUAAGAUAUUUUCUGAUGUCGAUUUCAUGAUCUUCUUAUCGGCUGUGUUUGGUAGGUGCAAAUAGUUCACGGGGUGCGAUUUAAAGCGGUUGGUCAAGGCAGGCAUAUUUGUUUAGUUAAGUGGAAAAUGAGGC